GCCUGCGAGCUAUCGAUGUGGCUCUAGGUCGAACACGAUUGUCCGUUCAACUCGGCCCAGUUCUUACCCUUCACUCUUAUACCUCUUUUAUCUCGAUGCAUCUUCUCGGCCUCUCGUCCUCUCCUCCUCGUUUGAGUGCGAUCCGCUCGCUUUUCCGCAAUGGUUUUAUGCAGGGCUCCGCUUUCGCUCUUCAUCGCACCGCCGGCCGACAACAGCCGACGCAGCUUCAUGCGAGGGAGAAUGGUUUGUCUCAGUGACGGAAGCAUUGAAGAAUAUCAAUCCUCCAAGAAAAGCCAGUUGGUUGUAUCAAUAACUGGCGCUACCGGAUUUAUUGGCCGAAGAUUGGUCCAAAAAUUAAUUGCAGAUGAUCAUAUUGUCCGCAUUUUAACGAGAUCCAGGAGAAAUGCACAGCUAGUUUUUCCUGACCAAAGGUUUCCUGAGAUUGUGAUCGCUGAGGAAGAAGAGUGGAGUAAGUGUAUUGAAGGUUCAAAUGCUGUUGUAAACUUGGCGGGAAUGCCCAUAAGUACGAGAUGGUCAUCUGAGGUCAAGAAGGAAAUUAAGCAAAGCCGGAUCAAAGUUACUUCGAAGGUAGUUGAUCUGAUUAAUAAGUUGAAUUCCAGUGAACGGCCUUCUGUUCUGAUCAGUGCAACAGCAAUUGGCUAUUAUGGUACAAGUGAUACACAAGUUUUUGAUGAGACAAGUCCUUCGGGAAAUGACUAUCUAGCUGAGGUUUGCAGAGAAUGGGAAACAAUAGCACUAGAAGUUGAUAAAGACGUAAGGCUGCUGCUUUUGCGUAUAGGUGUAGUUUUGGGACGUGAUGGUGGUGCUCUAGCUAAAAUGAUUCCUCUCUUCAAGACGUUUGCUGGAGGACCUCUUGGUAGUGGUAAACAAUGGUUUUCCUGGAUUCAUCUGGAUGAUCUGGUGAACCUUAUCUAUGAAGCUUUAAGGAAUCCUUCUUAUAAAGGUAUUGUCAAUGGAACUGCACCACAUCCUGUUCGGUUAUCGGAGAUGUGUGAUCAAUUGGGGCAAGUUAUGGGCCGUCCAUCGUGGCUUCCUGUUCCUGACUUUGUGCUCAAAGCAGUACUUGGUGAAGGCGCCACAAUAGUUUUGGAAGGUCAGAAGGUGCUACCAGUUAAAGCAAAAAAACUUGGUUUCACAUUUAAGUACCCAUUUGUCAAAGAUGCUCUCAGGGAUAUCAUUUCAUCCGGAAGCACUUAGGUUAUUGCAGUGACUUUUGUUUCAUGCAGCAUCUGUAGAGUUCAAACGUUGGAGACCACAAACCUUAGGCAAUUCGGGAAUUUGUUUUUCUUCAGAAAUAACGCAAUAAAUAAAUAGAUUUGCAUUUAAAUUAGAAUGAUAUUUUAUCAAAAAAAUAUGAAUAAUAUUUUAUUCAAAAUAAAAUAUUUAACCCUAAAUUAAGUUACCAAAUUGUUUAAAUAACAGAUUUCAAUCAAAACAAGUUUGGUUAUUUUCCCAUUCAAGUGUAUAUUUUCUUGUGUAAGAUAUUAUUUAUGGGGGAUCA